GCAAUCGCAACAGCAGCAGCAUGAACAAACGGUAUAAGUAGAAGAAGAGCGAGUGAUUAUUUCAUUAGUUGUGACUGAAAGCAUCUAGUGUGCGAUGCGUCGACCAUGUCGUUGCUCGAGUUUUUGCUUACGCUGAUUUCGCUCUUGCCAUUGUUGUUCGUCUACAGCGAUGCAGCUGUAAUUCCGGAAGCAGUUGGUAAAACCUGCGGUUACAAGGCAUGUCCCAUAGCGGAUCCAAAGAAACUGAAUAUUCAUUUGGUUGCCCAUACUCACGAUGACGUUGGUUGGUUGAAAACGGUCGACCAAUAUUACUUUGGAAGUCGGCCAAGAAUUCAAAAAGCAGGGGUACAGUAUAUUCUAGAUAGCGUUAUUCAAGCGUUGCUGGCUGAUCCUGAAAGAAAAUUUAUUUACGUGGAAACUGCUUUCUUGUGGAAAUGGUGGCUGCGUCAAAACGAAAAGACGAAAAAAGACGUGCGAAAUUUAAUCAAUCAAGGCAGAUUGGAAAUAAUCGGCGGCGGAUGGAGCAUGAACGACGAGGCAGUCACUCACUAUCAUUCCCUCGUGGAUCAAUACACUUGGGGUUUCAGACGUCUUAACGAUACCUUUGGAAGUUGUGCCAGGCCGCGUAUAGGAUGGCAAAUAGAUCCUUUCGGCCAUUCGAGGGAACAAGCGUCUUUAUUCGCGCAAUUAGGAUUCGACGGAAUGUUCUUGGCUCGCCUCGAUUAUCAAGAUAAGAAUAAAAGGCUCAGGGACAAAUCGAUGGAAUUCAUUUGGAGAGCGAGUCCAAACCUAGGAUCACGUGCAAACUUGUUCUCGGUUGUACUGUAUAACAAUUAUAGCCCACCCCCUGGUUUUUGUUACGAUCUCUUGUGCAAUGACGAGCCGAUAAACGAUGAUAUUAAUAGCCCGGAUUAUAACGUUAAAGAGAGGAUCGACACAUUUUUACAAUACGUGACUGACCAAGCUAAAGUGUAUCGUACAAACAACGUUAUAUUAACAAUGGGCGGAGAUUUCACUUAUCAACAAGCGGAAAUAUACUUCGCCAAUAUGGACAAGCUAAUAAGGUACGUGAAGAAAGAAAAAAGUUCCGAAGUAAAUAUAUUUUACUCGACACCAUCGUGUUACUUGAAAGCAGUAAACGAUGCAAAACUUCAAUGGACGACGAAAGAUGAUGACUUCUUUCCUUACGCGAGUGAUCCACACUCAUAUUGGACUGGUUACUUCUCCUCCAGACCAACGAUCAAAUUCUUCGAAAGAAUGGGAAACAAUCUUUUGCAAGUAUCGAAACAAUUAGCCACAGUGACACACUUGGAGGGUUACGAGAAGGAGUUGGAAUAUUUCAGAGAAGCAAUGGGUGUAAUGCAACAUCAUGAUGCCGUUACCGGAACUGAAAAACAAUUAGUUGCAGACGACUACGCACGUAUAUUGUAUGCUGGCAUGCAACAAGGCACAAACGUCUCUUUUCAGGCUCUAAGAAAAUGGAGAUCAAGUGGAAACUCAGAGUUUGCAUCAGAGAAUAUGUACACGUGCAUGCAAUUGAACAUUAGUAUGUGCUUGUACACAGAAGACGAAAAUUUUGUACUAGCAAUUUACAAUCCCUUGAGCCAGAAAGUGGUGUCACCCAUUCGCGUUCCCGUUCAACAGGGCAAAUACAGCGUUGUUGAUCUUACAGAUGGAAAUGAAAUUGCUUCGCAAAUAGUUCCCAUUCCUGAGUCUGUACAAAAAAUACCAGGAAGGAGAGGUAAUGCAACUGACGAACUUGUAUUCUUCGCAUCGUUGCCACCUCUCGGUUAUAAGACAUAUACCGUCAAAAGAAAUUCAAAAAAUAUAAAUCAGCAACCUACUGGAGAAGUUUCCAUUGAUAAUGAGUUUUACAAUGUAUCCGUCAAUAAGAAUGGCCACAUUGUGAUAAAGUGGAAAAAACAAAAUAUAGAACUAACUCAAUCGUUCCACUAUUACGAAGGAAUGGAGGGAAAUAACGAGGAAUUUAAAAACAGAUCUUCGGGCGCAUACAUAUUCAGACCUAGAAGCUCGUCUGUUAAAAAUUUCAUGAAGCCUGGUUCUUACAAAAUAUACAAAGGCCCGCUGGUACAGGAAAUUCAUCAGUAUGUCACUGAUUGGGUGUGUCAAGUAGUCCGAAUUUAUAGUGGAAAGCAAUAUGUUGAAUUCGACUGGCUUGUUGGACCGAUACCUGUUAAGGAUAAGAUCGGUAAAGAGAUUGUAACGAGAUAUUACAGUAACUUAAAUACUUCUGGAGAAUUUUAUACGGACAGUAACGGCCGUGAAAUGUUGAAACGGAAGAGAGAUUAUCGCCCAACGUGGAACAUAGAACUAGAAGAACAAGUAUCUGGCAACUAUUAUCCGAUUACCUCGAAAAUUUCUUUAAAGGACAACGAAAAUCAACUCAAACUUAGUUUACUCACAGAUCGAGCAGAAGGUGGAACUAGUAUGAGAGAUGGAGAAAUCGAAAUGAUGGUUCAUAGAAGACUUUUAAAAGAUGAUGCAUUCGGCGUAGGGGAAGCUCUCAAUGAAUCUGCAUUUGGCGAAGGCUUGGUGAUCAGAGGUUCCCACUACAUCAUCGGAGGUAGUUUGAAAAAUCUAGACGAACUUGCAGUUGAAGAGAAAACUUUGGCGCGUCAAUUGUUACUUCGCCCAUGGCCUUUUAUUAUACCCGUUGAAACAAAUUCUUCAAGACCGUACACACCGUACGCAUCUGGCUCGCAAGGCACAGCUCUUGCUAAAGCAUUGCCACCAAAUGUUCAUAUCUUAACUUUGGAACCGUGGAAGAACAACACUGUUUUACUCCGGUUGGAACACAUUUUCGAAGUAGGUGAAACUGUGAGUUUGUCAAAGCCCGUGGAAGUUAAUAUUCAGGAUCUAUUCGCAACUUUUACGAUUGUAUCUAUCAAGGAGACCACGUUGGGUGGCAACCAAUGGAUUAAGGAUACGAACCGUCUAAAAUGGGAACCUGAGACGAAUGAUAUUUUCCAAAUGGAAGAAAACCUUUCUCAUUCUGUAGAAAUGAAUGGAAAUGUGAUGAAUGUUCUUUUAAAACCAAUGGAAAUACGAACAUUUAUCGUUGAAAUCGUGCCGCGGCAUUUAUGACUUGAAAAUUAAUGAUGUAUUGGCAUUAUAUGUUGUUAAGAAAAUUUCAAUUUGUUACGUAUGAUUUAUAAUACAUAAUUGGCAUUAACAAAAAUGUAAUAAAUAUAAAUAUGCGAUUC